GGAGUGCGAGGGGCGGGGGCCGGGCGCACUGCUGAUGAAACCUGGCGCCGGAACCCGCCAGCCCUCGGCGCCCAUUCAGUCCGCGCAGGCAGGUGUGACCAGCGGGUCAACUACCUGGCAGGCGCGCAAGCGGCCGCGGGCUCCCGCUGACCGCAGCCUCCACCCCUCUCCCCGCGCGCCGCGCCCCCGCCCCGCCCCGCCCGGUCUCCCUGGCCGAGCGUCCGUUGGUCCUUGAGCGCGUCCGACAGUCUGUCUGUUCGCGAUCCUGCCGGAGCCCCGCCGCCGCCGGCUUGGAUUCUGAAAGCUUCCUUGUAUCCCUCCUGAGACAUCUUUGCUGCAAGAUCGAGGCUGUCCUCUGGUGAGAAGGUGGUGAGGCUUCCCGUCAUAUUCCAGCUCUGAACAGCAACAUGGGGUGCAAAGUCCUGCUCAACAUUGGGCAGCAGAUGCUGCGGCGGAAGGUGGUGGACUGUAGCCGGGAGGAGACGCGGCUGUCUCGCUGCCUGAACACUUUUGAUCUGGUGGCCCUCGGGGUGGGCAGCACACUGGGUGCUGGCGUCUACGUCCUGGCUGGAGCUGUGGCCCGUGAGAAUGCAGGCCCUGCCAUUGUCAUCUCCUUCCUGAUCGCUGCACUGGCCUCGGUGCUGGCUGGCCUGUGCUAUGGCGAGUUUGGUGCUCGGGUCCCCAAGACGGGCUCAGCUUACCUCUACAGCUAUGUCACCGUUGGAGAGCUCUGGGCCUUCAUCACCGGCUGGAACUUAAUCCUCUCCUACAUCAUCGGUACUUCAAGCGUAGCGAGGGCCUGGAGCGCCACCUUCGACGAGCUGAUAGGCAGACCCAUCGGGGAGUUCUCACGGACACACAUGACUCUGAACGCCCCCGGCGUGCUGGCUGAAAACCCCGACAUAUUCGCAGUGAUCAUAAUUCUCAUCUUGACAGGACUUUUAACUCUUGGUGUGAAAGAGUCGGCCAUGGUCAACAAAAUAUUCACUUGUAUCAACGUCCUGGUCCUGGGCUUCAUAAUGGUGUCAGGAUUUGUGAAAGGAUCGGUUAAAAACUGGCAGCUCACGGAGGAGGAUUUUGGGAACACAUCAGGCCGUCUCUGUUUGAACAAUGACACAAAAGAAGGGAAGCCCGGUGUUGGUGGAUUCAUGCCCUUCGGGUUCUCUGGUGUCCUGUCGGGGGCAGCGACUUGCUUCUAUGCCUUCGUGGGCUUUGACUGCAUCGCCACCACAGGUGAAGAGGUGAAGAACCCACAGAAGGCCAUCCCCGUGGGGAUCGUGGCGUCCCUCUUGAUCUGCUUCAUCGCCUACUUUGGGGUGUCAGCUGCCCUCACGCUCAUGAUGCCCUACUUCUGCCUGGACAAUAAUAGCCCCCUGCCCGACGCCUUUAAGCACGUGGGCUGGGAAGGUGCCAAGUACGCAGUGGCCGUGGGCUCCCUCUGCGCUCUUUCUGCCAGUCUUCUAGGUUCCAUGUUUCCCAUGCCUCGGGUUAUCUAUGCCAUGGCUGAGGAUGGACUGCUAUUUAAAUUCUUAGCCAACGUCAAUGAUAGGACCAAAACACCAAUAAUCGCCACAUUAGCCUCGGGUGCCGUUGCUGCUGUGAUGGCCUUCCUCUUUGACCUGAAGGACUUGGUGGACCUCAUGUCCAUUGGCACUCUCCUGGCUUACUCGUUGGUGGCUGCCUGUGUGUUGGUCUUACGGUAUCAGCCAGAGCAGCCUAACCUGGUAUACCAGAUGGCCAGUACUUCCGACGAGUUAGAUCCAGCAGACCAAAAUGAAUUGGCAAGCACCAAUGAUUCCCAGCUGGGCUUUUUACCAGAGGCAGAGAUGUUCUCUUUGAAAACCAUACUCUCACCCAAAAACAUGGAGCCUUCCAAAAUAUCUGGGCUAAUUGUGAACAUUUCAACCAGCCUCAUAGCUGUUCUCAUCAUCACCUUCUGCAUUGUGACCGUGCUUGGAAGGGAGGCUCUCACCAAAGGGGCGCUGUGGGCAGUCUUUCUGCUCGCAGGGUCUGCCCUCCUCUGUGCCGUGGUCACGGGCGUCAUCUGGAGGCAGCCCGAGAGCAAGACCAAGCUGUCAUUUAAGGUUCCCUUCCUGCCAGUGCUCCCCAUCCUGAGCAUCUUCGUGAACGUCUAUCUCAUGAUGCAGCUGGACCAGGGCACCUGGGUCCGGUUUGCCGUGUGGAUGCUGAUAGGCUUCAUCAUCUACUUUGGCUAUGGCCUGUGGCACAGUGAGGAGGCGUCCCUGGAUGCCGACCAAGCAAGGACUCCUGACGGCAACUUGGACCAGUGCAAGUGACGCACAGCCCCGCCCCCCGGAGGUGGCAGCAGCCCCGAGGGACACCUCCAGAGGACCGGGAGGCACCCCACCCUCCCCACCAGUGCAACAGAAACCACCUGCAUCCACACCCUCACUGCAGCCGAAGGUGCAAUUACUUGACCUGCAGCCCCAGCCCACCCUCGGCUCUGCAGCCGGUUCUCCGGGCCCUGGUCACCUCCAGACAGCUGCCUGGCCGGGGCCACUAGGCUGCGGCUGGCCACUGUGUCUCCUCACUUCUCUGAACAAAGCAGUUCCUCCCCUACCAGCUCAGCCCCGAGCUGCCGCAGCCUCAGGCAGAACGGAGGUCACCUUCUCUCCUUAUCUUGGGAGCCAGGCCUUCCUCCCAGGGACUGUUCUGGGAUUGAAAUUGUGCAUACUCCAAACUUUCGCAGCCAUCUUCCCGCUCAGCCCCAGACACCCAGCAAUCAAGCCAGAUGAGUACCACAAAACAGUGUGUCCCCAGCAGCUCCCCACCCCAGAGCCAAACGACAGUAGUGCACUUAAAAAGGAAAAUCAGGCCUGUUGUCCUUCUCCCGUUGCAUUCAGAUGGGUCAUUAGGGCUGGACCUUGCCUGCCCCUUGGCUUCUCAGGGCUUUGCUCUGACACCAUGACAGCUGCCCGGGGCUGGGCAGCAGGGCUGAGGGCAGCUGGCUCCUCUCAAAUGAGGAAGAAGGGAUCACUCCCAUUAGGGAUCAAGGGAUCCCUUCCCAUUAGGGAAGAAGGGAUCACUCCUGCUUUGCUUAUGCAUGUGUGUGCACAUGUACGUAAACCAGGGACCUUCAGCUCACGGCCUCCAGGCCUGGGCCAGUUCUUGCUGCUCCUGCCGUCUCCCCCGACUGGCUGUGUCCUGAGUAACUGGAACAUGAGACUGUAUCUGCAGGACUGGCCCCAUGGUGGCCGAAUUAGAAGUCUGUUUCCUGUGAGUCGCCACCAUUCACUCAGUCUUGCCCUCCCAUGCUUUGGAGCCAGUCUGGUGGCUCCUGUAAGGUUCUCAAGGCUGGUGGCAGCUCAGUCUGGGGUCAGGACAUGUCGGGGUGAUGCGUUUCUGGCCCUGACAUAAGCUGUCUGGCCUCUCUGUGACAUGAUGAAAUUGAAGUCAAUCCACAGUCCAUGAAAUUGUGACACUCCACCAGAUUAAGUUAGGGCAUAACAUUAACUUGGAAAUGGCCAUGUCAUCACCCCUGCGGCUGUCCUACAGCUGAGAUGCGUGGGUUGCAGGGGAGGUGAUUUCUAGGCAUAUUGCUGUCCCUUUUGUGUAUCUGUCAUCCGGAUGCUUUGGACCCCACGCCUCUGCAAGUGGGAGAGACCCGAGCAUCCUCCCCACCCCCAUAGCUCCAGUGCACGCCACCCCCACCUGUCUUGCCUGGGUCGGGGCUUGCUGCCAGCACCAUUUCACACACACUCCUUGUAGAUGGAAGCCAGAGGAAACCUGAACGUGGGUGGAGCGUUCCACUGAGUCUACUUCAGGAGACAGAAGGCCCGUGCUCAUGGGGGAGGAGGAGGGACGUGGGCAUUUUGGACACCAGGGGAAAUGGAAAUGCUGCUUUCAAAACUUAGUUUCCUUUCCAUUUCUUCCUAGUCUGGCCUUUGACACAAAUCUGGUAGAAAGAAGCCUGAUAAAUUGAGGGCACUUGUACCCUCCCUGUGCCCCCAGAAGGUUCUUGGAGAGAAGUGCAAGAAUUUGUGAACACGGCGGUGGAAGGCGGGUGGAUGGCCAUGGGCUGGGCCUCCGUAUCAGGCCUGCUCACCUUGCUGGGAGCUUUAUUCUGAUCUCAUUUUGAAUGUUCCAGAGGGAGCAUCGUAAGAGCCCAGAGCUCCAAUUUCCAAAGAGUGGUAUUGACAUUUAUGGAGAUUGGUGUUGUAACAUAUUUUGAUAAAUACUAACUUAUUUUGUUGGGAUUUUGGUUGUCUCUUUUCUUAGGACCUGGUAGUUAUUUGCUUGAUUUUUUUUUUCCGUUAUUUUCUACAUAGGCAAAGAGAACUCAAGGGAUAGACAGUCUCCAAGAAAAGUGAAGUGGUGGGAGAGAAUUGCUUUUUUUUUCUUUUUCUUUUCUCUAGUUUUUCUUUCUGGCUGAAAUUUCCGUGCAAGACAGCACCCAAUAGACUUUAGAGUUGACAUUUGACAUUUCAGUGGACGCCGUGGCUCAUUUUGUAGAUUCAGAAGGUGUGUCUCCCCUGCUCCGAGUCUCAUCAUGGCAGCGUGCUGACAGCUGGGAGUCUGUGGCCUUCCUCACACAGAGGCCUUAAAGCUGGACACAGAAGCACGCCUAGGCUGGGCAGGGAUGGGACCCGUGCCCCCUCCUUAGAGGACGGGCUUCCUAGUUAGGAAAGGACACGUGGGGGUGCCUUGCAUAAUAGUUCACUGGUCACCGUGCUUUUAUGAGUAGUGUAUUGUGCACUUGCCAGGGGUUUUCUCUCUGUGUGCGAGGGGAGUGAUUUAAGCAAUGGUGUCUGCAGUAAGCCUUACAAUUUUAAUAGACUUUUUUCUUAUCAUAUUCCUCAUUUCUUUCCCUGAAAUAAAAAUACACACAAGCGAAAAAAAAUGAUAGUUUCACAUCUCUUAGUUCCCUUGCCCAAACAAGAAUAUUCUUAGUUCCGCUGGCCAGGAUUUUCCUACAUAGUCAGAACUUACACAUUACUAGAGGCACACCCACCAAGGAGUAUUGUGUCUACUUUUAUCUGUGCACCAGCCACAAAUAAAUACCUGCAUUGGAAAGACCCAUUUGUGAUGGGUAAACAUCCCUUCCUGUCUCCCACAACCCCUGUGACUGCCCUGCAUGUGUUCAUGACCUCCGAAGGCCCAAAUUCAUGAAGCAGCAAACCCAGCACAUCUCCACCCCCCUGCCUCAGGCCCUCUGCUGAAGAGGGGGAUGAAGUGGGUCUCCAGGGAUGCAGUGGGAGCCUUGUUGGCAGCUGGCUCAGGAGCCAGCUUACAGGAGGGCAGCUCUGCAGUUGGGAGGGGCACUGUCCGGAGGAGACCAGGCCUGUACACACCCCCACUCUACUUAUCAUCCCUGCUCACACCCCCUUGGCCGAGGCUGUGUGCAUUGGAUUUAUUUUUCCAAAUCAAGAGGACAGAGUGAUAGAUGCAUUUUCCCCAGGCUGUCUCAGAAAGGUCACUAAAUGUAUACUGUUGUCAGAAUUGCUGAGGUCUCCCCCAACUUUUGGUUUUUGCAGCAGCAAAAACUCUUUCCACUGCGACUUAUUUUCUCUCUCAGGCAGCCAGCCACCUGGUCCCUUGUGCUGACUCUAGCACAGUGGCCAGGAUCCGAUACGAGUCCAGGGGUGACCGCAGGGUGGUGGAGGCAGCGGGCUUCUCCACCUACCCCAGCCACCAAGGCCCUGACGCACUGCCUCCUGCACCUUCAGCACAUCCCUGUGCACAGCUGGAAGGGUGCAUGGCCCGCUCACCUUUGUCCAGACGGGUAGAAACGCUGAUGAUACCAGCUCCUCCCUGCCAUGCCCCUGCCACGGAGCAGACAUUGUGAACUGGCUGGUGUUUGCAGUCCCACGUGGUGUGACCUCCAGCCCAACCCACGGUGGAGACUGGAGAUAGGGCAAUGAGUCUGGUAGGGGGCACGUGGACAUGCCCCAUAAGGGCCCCACCCAGACUUAUAGGCAAGGUCCUGGGCAUUGCACGACGCAGGACUCAGUGCUGAAGCAAGCCUGCCUGGCUCUGUGCCAGGGCCCCUCUUCUGAUUCACACAUCCCAUUUUUACACAGACCCUUCUUUCUUAAUAAAGGCUGACAGUUCUGUUGGCAGCCAAGAACCCACACCAUGAAGACAGGGAGUGAGGGGUCUUUGUGCCCAACUCCAGCACAGCUGCGUUCUGGGGUGUGUGAGAGGCAUGUUCGUGUCUGUGCGCUGGUGGUCUCGUGAGACAGUUCCGAGGACGGGGAAAUUGCAGGGUGGUGGGGGCAUGAGGCUUAUAUGUGGAACUGAUGCAGAGUUCGCCUGCAGACGGAUCUGGAUAUACAUUAUGUAUAAUUGUUACGUGUAAUUUAAAAUAUAUCUGUUUGCCAUCGUCAUGAGAAGAUUAUAUGUAAGGCUCUGAAGGGAGAGGGAGAUGUACAUUCUGCCAGGCUCCUGUGGACCUUAUCCGAGUCAUGAAAUUGAUUACUGUUGAUCCAGUGGUGCAAGAAGCUACACUCCAUGUGUCAUCACGCUUAUGACUCCUAAUGUAUUUUUAAGGCAAAAAAUGUCAGCCGACUCCAUCUUCACCCCUCGAUUCCUCGAGUCCAGCCUUUCUGUGCCAGUGCUUCACUGAGCCACAACGCUCUCGCCAUCGGGACCCGACUGGGCCUGGAGUCUCGGGGCACAGUUGCCAUGGAGCCCUCCUGGGUCAUUCUACAAAUGUGCUGAGUGCCAGCUGAAAACCCCACAGGAGAUGGAGUACCUUGGCCAAGCUUAAAGAGAAGAUUUUCUCAGGGUAUUUAUUAGUGUGUCCAGCAGGGUCAGGAAGCAGGAUGGAAAGAUGCAUUCAGACUGUUAAUUUAUUAACAAGGCAAAUGAUUUUGUGUUUCUUGAUGACAGACUAUUAAGUUUGGGACUUAUUUUCCCAUUUGAGAAGUUAUAAUAUAUAUUUAAGAUAAGUUUCCUGCUUAAGUUGUGCCUUUCAGCUUCAAUGAGUUUAAGGAGCACUAAGGGUAAUGAUACCAAUGAGGGUUGGUUUAUUAUCAAACCUGAAUAGCUGUGGUUUCUCCAGUAAAUAUUUUCUUCUACUGAACAUGGAGCCAUUAUUAAGAGUUGUGUGUUUUUUAUUAUGUACAUUUGUAUUUUUUUUGCUUGUUUGAUGUUCUAUUUUUCUAAUAGUUUUCUUAUAGUUUCUUAAAGUUGUGAUACUAGAUUUAGAUUCCGAUGCUAACUGCAAAUCAGGUUGGUCUCUGCUGGGUCUCUCCUGCUUUUAUUUUACUUCAAGGACAAGUGUAGUUGUCGUCCACCACCUUUCAAAAAAUGUGAAACUGCCCUGCCUCCCCUUUUUGCUAACAACACUGUGUACAUUGACCACUUCCUACCAUACUUUAUGUUGUAAAAUCAAACUAUUUUGUGGUACAUUAUCUCUUGCUUCUGCAAAUUCUAAUAAAUUCUAUGGCUUCCA